ACCGCAGCCCCCGCGUUGAAACUGCGUGAGUGACUCUGUAUUGUGCCAUCCUAUACUACACUCGUCACUGCACAGCGCACAACUGCAGGGGAGCAGGCCCCGCCCCUAACCAUCAGCCCAAUCAGUGCGGACUACACACCCACAGGCCUCUCCUAUUGCUAAAAUGCCAUUUAGUGAUGAGAAACCACUUGGUAAUGAGGACCAGCUAAGUGAUUCUGAUACAUCCCAAUUGUCAGAGAGCAUGGCUUGUUCAUCCAGUGACAGUGACUCUCCGAGGGAAAGUUUUACCAGCGACUCUUCAAGCAAACAUGCUUCUCCUGUGUCAAGUCCACCAAAACCAGCAACCCUUGAUGAAAUGAUGUCAACGACAAGGAACCUGUCAAAUUUAUUACUGGCCCAUGAAAUUGUUGCAAAUGAAAACUUCCACAUGAAUAGCAUAGAGCCUCCUAAGAACAGUUUAGAAGGACGGGUGAAGCAGAUUGUUCACAAAGCAUUCUGGGAUUCUCUGGAGUCGGAACUGAAGAAAGAUCCGCCACAGUACGAACAUGCAAUCAAGCUUUUUGAUGAAAUAAAAGAGAUUCUGCUUUCCUUCUUAACUCCAGGCACCAACCGGCUGCGCACUCAGAUCUGUGAAGUUUUGGAUGUAGAGCUAAUAAGACAACAAUCUGAACACAAUACUGUUGAUAUCCUGAAGCUUGGCAGUUAUAUCAUUAAUAUCAUGGCAAAGUUAUGUGCUCCUAUCAGAGAUGAUGAUGUGAAAAAGCUAAAAGCCAGUGGUGACAUUGUAGAAAUGCUGAGGGAUGUCUUUCAUGUGCUGGACCUCAUGAAAAUGGAUAUGGUUAAUUAUACUAUACAGAACAUUAGACCACAGCUUCAGCGACAGUUGGCAGAGUAUGAAAGGGUCAAAUUCCAGGAAAUACUUGAAAAAUCACCUGAUGCUCUCAAUCAAACCAUCGAAUGGAUUCGGCAAUCUCUUGAAGCUGCAACAGAAGAAAGAUCCCAGAAAAGUUCAUCUGGUGAAAAUGGAGUAACUAUGGAAAGUCUGAGCCCUACCCUGGUGCUAAACAGUGGUUUUGUGAAACUUUUACAUAUGGACUAUAACCAUGCUGUACCAGAGACGCUGCUUACAGAUGAUUUACGUAUUCAAGAAUUAAAGUACAAACUGCACCAAGUUAAAUUGCUAGCCUGUGUCUGCCUCAUUACUCAGAAUAGUCUCGGCUCUGUGUGCACCACUAAAUUUAUUGAGCAAGUCAAGGAAAUCGCAGCAAUUCUCCUUCAAGGCAUAAACCUCCAAACCAUUAAUUUGAAGGAGUCUCUCAUUGGACUGAGCACCAAAAUAUGUUUUGAGGUGAACAAAUUGCUGAUUGACAGUGCACUUAGUACUGAGGCACAGACUAUCCUCACAGGGCAGAUCUGUAGCUUAACUGAGAAAGACCAUCCCAUUUACAACUUGAUAGAAAAACGAAUUGAUGAGUACCUGACAACAUUCCUUCGUCUUCCUUAUCCAUACAAACAUGUUCCUAUACUACCUGGAGGUCUCACGUCUGUGCAUAAGGAAAUGGAGUUCAUUGGAUUUCACUACUCAAACAUUGUGAAUUUUAACAAGCAAGUACACGGACCAUUCUAUGCAAAUAUAUUUCGGAAACUGCUUUUCAGCGAAGCACAAGUAGGAAAAGCAGAGACUCUGUCAUAAUGUGGCAUUAAUUAAAGAACUUUGCACCAUCUAUGUAAAUGCACAUUUCUUAAGAGUACUUUUAUGACAAAGGAGAAAAAAUACAUUUUAUAAAUAAUUUUAACUUGAAA